AUGCCAUCUUUUGCGGACAGUUUUUGGACUGAUGACUUGGUGAAGGGGAUGGAAACCCUAUUUGCACAACUAAACCAAGGAUGCAUACAAAAUGAGCUGUUUAUCCAACUGUUUGCGUCACGGAUGCAGUUUGAGGUUGCUCAUGGGAAGCAACUCUGUGAUUUGCCAUCUGGGAUAGGUUCAUAUGAUACAAAGAAGACUACUAUCAAUCGAGCAUUGAACGACUUGGUAUCUCAAAUGGUUGAAGAAGGUACUCACCACAUCAAUAUAGCCUCUAAUAUUGAAUCUACUGUGUUAACUCCAUUCAGUAAGUGGAGUGAAGAACACAAGAAGAGAGUUGAUUACAGUGAGACCUUGUUAAAGAAGAGUUUGACAAGUUUUACCAAACUCAAGAAACAGGUGGAGAAAUUAGAGCAGUCAUAUUUCAACAAAUGCCGGUCCCUUGAGGAUUUUAAGCGCGAGAACUUCAGCGAAGAGGAGCUCUCCGCCGCAAUGGAAGCAAUGGAGCUUCAAAAACAGCAUGAUCUGACUUUGGCCAAGGAGCGUGAGUUUCUUGAGUUCGGGACGUUCGGUCCAGUUAAACUUGACUAUAAAUCAACUCGAGAGAUGUUGAAGUCAUUUUUAACCGAGCUAGAGAAACAUGAAUAUAAGGUUCCUUUUAUUAACUAUACAAUUCAAAAUACCAAUACAGGUCGUGAGAUCACAGAAUUUAUCUUAAAGCACAUGUCACUAACCGAUUUUGACCAGGCCGAAGCAUUUGGGCAAGAUUUGAUAGACAAAGGAUUCAUAAAGUACUGCAAUGGUGUGAGCAAUAACUUCUUCAACUCUAAAAAGUUCCAGUAUCAGUGGAAGCCAUAUGCAUAUGAGAUGGCUCGGUUGCCGCGGCCAGGCACAUCGGACUCUGAUACCGGGACAGAAUACUCUUACGGUAGCUCUGCUACCUCAACUGAAGCGAGUAAGUUCACGUCAUACUUCCAUGAUAUUACUUCACGUAUAACAGGUUCUGAAACAACACCUGAACCCGUUAAAAGUGGACCUACUCAAAAUUUAUCGGAAAAUCAACGGACAUUAUUAAAGUUAUUUGCUGAGGUAGAAAAUUCCGAUAAACAGUACCGCAGAGAAUGCAUUAAACUAGAUUCUGAACGGUGUUCAGUAGAGGAGCUUCUCAUUGACCAUUAUCAGUUCAUGGAAAAAUGUGAAACUGACAGAUUGGCUGCGAUUAAAAGGGUCACCCUUGAUUUCUGUGCCUGCGUUGGCAAUAAGGUCUCUUCUAUGAAGAUCGCUGUUGAGAAGAUGAUUGAAGCAGAUGAUUCCAUGGACCCCGCAAAAGAUUUGUAUGAUCUCAUCGCAGAGUAUCGCACAGGAGUUUUCCAGCCUAAAGUGAUUCCUUAUAAUAACUAUUACAAUCCGGGUGGUUAUCAGGUUUUUGGAAUUGACUUAGAGACCAGAUGUCGUCUAGAUAAAAAGAUUGUUCCUCUCAUUGUAUCCACUAUCUUAUCCUAUAUGGAUCAAGUUUACCCCACUAUGGAAAACGAUGUUGAAAGAACUACCGUGUGGACAGCACCAGUUAAGUUGCAAUUAACUCACCAGCUUAGAAAGCUGUUGAAUGACAAACCGCCAACUAGUGAUGAAGAGAUUUUGGAGAUUUUAAAUUCCGCCAAUGCUACCCCCAGUCUGGUCACUAGCGUUCUAAAAGUCUACCUAUUGGAGCUUCCAACCGCUCUAAUUCCGGACGAACUUUAUGAUGUCAUGAAGAGUUUGUAUGCAGAAUUUCCUCAAUUGCCACCAGAUGAAGAGGUUAACAAGGAACAGGAAGCCAUUGAUUCACAAAGAAUCAAGUGCAUAAUUAAUACAUUCACCACUUUAUCCAAGCCACGGAUUGCCACCCUAGAUGCUAUAACAAGCCACUUCUAUAGGCUUAUUACCAUUCUAAAAAUGAGUUCUUCAGAAUCAAGCAAAGCGCUAGCCAAGGAUUUAGCUAUCAAGGUUUCACAAGAAUUUGCAAACUGUAUCCUCCAUGUAAAACUACUGGAUGGCAACGACCUUGGCUUUAAAAUAUUUUACGAUUUAUUGAGUCAUAAAGAGGUGUUUGGAGAUUUAAAGAAAAACGCCCCAAAGCUGAAGAGAGCCGUCUCCAGGGAAAGCGAAAAGACACAAUAG